AUGGCCCGGGUGAGGGCAGCUGUUCAGGACAUCUAUACCGAUGCCGAUGAUAAGGCCAUGCUGGAUUUGGGCCUAGGGGAGAUCAAUGCCUUGUAUGAAUCAUGGCUUGAGGUCGAGGAUCUUAACAAGACGAUCUCGGAACAGGAGACCGAGAUCACCCGUCUCAACACCGAGCUUAACCCCCAAAAGGAGUUAUUCGAAAAGGCGUCCAAGGCGGUCAGUGAGCAUAAGGCGCUUACGGAGAGCCAUAAGAAGGUAGUGGCAGAUCUCGAGACUGUUACCAUCGAGAAGAACACUAAGCAAACAGAGCUCGACGAGCUUAAGGGGAAGCUUUUCAAGUCGAAGAAGAAGGCUAGGCAUCUUGAUCGUAAGCUGAAGGAAGCUUCUUCCCGAGCUCUGGCUCUUUAG